AUGAGACGCAACACGCCUCGGUCUGGGGAGCGUCCCUCAAGUCGCCAGGCAACAGCCGCAACGGCCUCUUCACGAUUGCGCGCCAGCACCUCAGCAUUGCCUCGCGCGCCACAGUUCAACAAGAUUGGAUCAUUCCGCGCCAGCGCACAACCGACCUACAACCAGCUGACCGGUGCCGAUUCAAACCAUCGCGCGGCGUCCCAGCGUAGCCCCAGUCAAGCGGACUCGACACGGCCCAGCUCUCGUGAUAGUAUCAAGGAGAACCUCGCGCCGCCGGACGCCGACGAAUAUGAAAAAUACCGACGAGAGAUUGAGGCCCUCAAGGCCGAGAUCGGCACGCUGCAAUACCGUAUGCAAACAGCCGACUCGGAAAAAGAAAUUGCCCUCUCCCAGCAAAGCAACAAGGUUGAGCAGGCCAGGCGCCGAGAGCAGGAUGAGUCGCAGAAACGCCAGGCUGCGGAGGCUGCGCAAAGCAGACUGGAGGCGCAGAUCGAGGAGUUACGUUCCGAACUCGAUAGCCUGAAAGAUGGCAGCGAGGAGUCCGCCAAGGAAAUGGAGCGCAAAUAUCGCGCUGCCCAGGAUGCAGCAGAUCUUGCCCAAGAGCAGGUGCAGGACAUGUCCAUAGCCAAGGACGAAGCGGAGCGCAUCAGCAAGAAGAAGCUCACCGACAUGGAAACGCAGCUGACUGCACUGCAACGGGCGACCGAGGACCAUGGCCACGACAGUCAUGCACGCGAGCAAGUCAUUCAGCAAACUCAAGCCCAAGUAGCAGAGCGGGAUGCGCAGAUUGCCGCUCUCGAAGCCGACGUGUUGCGCCUCAAGGCGCAGGCUGGUGACGCAGACACCAUGCAAGCUAUCAAACGCGAGUUGACUGAGCAAGUGCAGCAUAUCCGUGCCUUGGAAAGCACAAACCGCGAUCAGCUGUCGGAGCUCAAACACCUGCGCUCUGUUAACAAGGCGGUUGAGGUUGUCGAAGAGCAAAAGAGGACACUGCAGCGCAGACUAGAAUCUGCCGAACUGCUGGAGGCUGAGUUAGCCGAAGCUAGGCUACAGAGGCAGCGCCUCGAAGACGAAAGACGCUCAUGGUCAUCCUAUUUAGAGAAUUCGACUGGCAAUGGUGACGUCGAGUUUGAGUCACCCGAAGCCAUGGCACGCGCUUUGGCAGAGGAGCGCUAUACCACGGCAAAUUAUGUCGACCAGGUUGGCGCUCUGCGCGGCGAAAUUAGUGCUCUGCAAAAUACAGUCCAGACGUUCGAGCAGGAAAGGAAGCAACUUCUAGAAGAUUUGGAGAAUGCCAAGGCUUCGGCCAACCUUACGUCUACGGACAAGGCGCGGCUGCGUGUCGAGCGCCAAAAGUCUCUCGCGCUCAAGGAGGUGGAAUAUCUUCGCGCUCAGCUCAAGGCCUUUGAUACGGAAGACCAGACCAUGCAACCUGAGCAGUUUGACGAGGCGCGCGCUAGCCGCGUACAAGAACUCGAGGCCUUGGUCGACAACUACAAGAAAGAGCUGGAAGCUGUGCAUGCCCAGCUGUCCUCCGCCGAACCUGCCCCCGCCGCGCCCACCACACCACAGCCACUCGCAGGAUCCAAGCGCCCGCACGCCAGCUCGGACAGCAGCGAGCAGCUCGGACAGCUGACGCGCAAGAAUCGUAGCCUGCAAGAAAAGCUCGCUGGUCUGCAGACCAAGCUGGUCAUGCAAGAAAAGGAGCUCAGCGUCAACCGCGAGCAGCUCAUGGUAGCCAAGUCGCAGGGUAACACGCGCGUGCUCUCGCUCCGCGCCAACCCGACGGCAGAUCACGAAGCCAUCAAGCGCGCGACGCUUGAGGCGCUGCAAAAGGAGAAUAAGGAACUUCUCGCCACGCUCCGGUCCAAGCAUGGCAAGGCCACGACGGUGGCCUACAUACCCACGUCGGUCCUCGGCGCCAUGGAGCGCGAAAUCGCCGCCGCCAAGGCCGAAACGGCCUCGGCGCAAAAGUCAGCGCGCCGCCUCAAGGAAGUCUGGGGCAGCAAGUCGCACGAAUUCAAAGAGGCCAUCUUCUCGACGCUCGGCUGGACGGUGACGUUUAUCCCCAACGGCAAGAUGCGCGUUGAGAGCACCUUUUACCCGUCCCAGACGGACGAGCACGAAAACUCGAUUGUCUUUGACGGCGAGCGCGGCACCAUGAAGGUCGGCGGCGGGCCCAAGAGCAAGUUUGCGCAGCGCAUCGCGGAUCAGAUUGGCUUUUGGGUCCGCGAAAAGGGCUGCAUCCCGGGGUUCCUGGCGGCGCUGACGCUCGAGUUUUAUGAAGAGCACAAUAACAAUAAAGAGCAGCAGCAGUAG